GCGAGGCGGUGGGCUCCAGGCGACCAGCAGGAUGCAACUCUUCCACUGUGGCCUCGCAGCCCUGCAGCUGAUGGGAUUUGCCUAUUGUGCCAACUUGGAGGAUGGCCCUGGUCGUGGGGCAUCUGUGGGGCUGGGCAGCAUUUGAUGGUCCUGCAACGUCCAUCCCCACGGAGGGGCUGUCUCACCGGCAGUGGGACCACCUGCUUGCCGUCCCUGUGAACUUGAUGGCGGCAUCUUGUGAGAUCAGCAACAUCUUCUCCAACUACAUCAGCGCCAUGUACCAACCCGAGGAGGUGCAGCUGCCCCUGGAUGUGCUGGGAUGCCCCGGGGAGGACAGCAGCAUGGGGCUGAGCCUCUCCACCAGCCAAACCCUGGCAGAGGGCACAGACAAGCCGGAGUGGUUCGGUGAGCUCCCGUACUUCUGGACCAAGGUGCAGGUGCUGGAGUGGAUCAGCUACCAUGUGGAGAAGAACAAAUACGAUGCCAGCUCCAUUGACUUCUCCUGCUGCAACAUGGAUGGGCGCGCGCUCUGCCACUGCACCAGGGACCAGAUGCGCCUCAUAUUUGGGCCGCUGGGGGAUGAGCUGUACGACCGCCUGCAUGAGAUCACCUCUGACGAGCUGAGCUGGAUCAUUGAGCUGCUGGAGAAAGAGGAUGCGGAUUCCCAAGAGACCUCCCUGGACAGCAGCCACCUGGAGCUCGGCAAUCCCUGUGCCAAGGACUCCCUGGAGGACCUGAAGCCCACAAACCCUUUCCUCGCCACAGACUUCACCUGCUUGUCCGGCGCCAUGUCCCCAGGCAGCUCUGACCUCUCAGGGCCCGUCAUGUCCCACAGUCCCAACUCGCAGGACUCCGGUGGAAGUGACCUCGACCUCGAUCCCAUGGAAGCAAAGCUUUUUCCUGAGGAUGGCUUUGCAGGCAGCAAGAAAGGGGAUGGCAAACACGGCAAGCGGAAACGAGGCCGGCCCCGAAAACUCAGCAAGGACAGCAGAGAGUGCCUGGAGGGUCGGAAAAGUAAGCACUCCCCACGAGGAACUCACCUGUGGGAGUUCAUCCGUGACAUCCUGAUCCACCCCGAGCUGAACGAGGGGCUGAUGAAGUGGGAGGACCGACGUGAGGGCGUCUUCAAGUUCCUGCGCUCCGAGGCGGUGGCUCAGCUCUGGGGGCAGAAGAAGAAGAACAGCAGCAUGACCUACGAGAAGCUGAGCCGAGCAAUGCGGUAUUACUACAAACGGGAGAUCUUGGAGAGGGUCGACGGACGCCGCCUGGUCUACAAGUUUGGGAAGAACUCCAGUGGAUGGAAGGAGGAGGAGGUGCUCAACAGGAACAAGGAGCUGUAGGAGCCCCGGAUCAGCCCCUGGCUCCCUGGCAGGAGUUUUUUGCAUGCAGAAGGACUGGAAGCUGCUGCCCCAUGCAGCGCAUGGCGCUCCGAGCCUUGCGUGGGCACAUUUGUGUGUGCUGGUGUCCACCAGCACCAAGGUGUUUAAAGCUAAUAUUUUGGCUCCAGUAGGUUAUUGUAAACCAUUAUUUCUCUUGCUGGAUUUGUACCUCCAACUGGAGAGGCAGUGACUUUGGGACUUUGUCUGUUUCAAAGCCUGGACAAGAGCAAUGGGGAAGAGAAGCGUGAGUGGCGUUAGGCACUGCUGUGAUGGCUCCUGCUGGCACCCACCCGUGACUCGUCCCAGCCACCUGCUCCUUGCGGGUGGGUGAAGCCCCUCUGUGCAGCAUCUCAGAGCAACGUCUGCCACGAGAAGAUGGAAACACUGCAGAGCUUCACCCGAUCCCGGCGAGCCCAAAGAGCUCCCAAGGACUGAGUUCACCAGGGCUUGGCUGCGUUUCCAACCCAGCUCCCCAGGCUUUUUCCCUAAGAGUAGCUUAUUUAUGUAAGAGAAAACGAAUAUACAGAUAUAUUUUUUCAUGUGUAAGAUGUUCUCGCAUGAUGGCGUGCACUGUAGGGCACAUGCAUGUCCUGCAUUGCUCACAGGAGGUGACGCUCAGCUGGACUGAAGUGAUGUCAGGGGGCACAGGCUGGAACUGUGUUAGCCCUGGGAGUGAGAUGCCGGCCCACCAGGCACCCACAGAUCCCUCCUUUUGAGCUGGGAAUGUCAGAGGAAUAAAUUGUUGUUUGGUUGGGGUUUUGUAA